UUAAUUUUUGCGGUUUUUAUUUUUAUUAAAUGUACACAAUACGUGUCCACCGGCAAAAUAAAGUAAAUAGUAAUUUAGAUGAAAUUAAAAUGUUGCCAAUAUUUUUAAUUAUUUUAUUGUCAUUUUUUAAUAAAAAUUGUUACGCCGCGGAACAAUCUCUUGCACUUUUUACUGAUGAAGAAUUAAUGCAACAUAUUACUACUGAUCCUGUUAUUGUAUUAUUCACAAAAGAUGAUUGCGAGGAAUGUAAAAAAUGGGAAGAAGAAUUAGUCGGUUUGCGCGAUGAACUAGUCGACUCAUUAUCAGCGUGGGUUGUUAAAGUAUCUGGGAGCUAUUUACGUAAAUUAUACACACCAUACAAAGAGCCGGCUUUGGUGUUUUUCCGAAACAGUGUUCCGCUGCUUUAUGAUGGUCCUUUGGAUGACAAGGAAAUUUAUGACACAUUUGUUCAUAAUAAAGAGCCUAUUGUUAAAGAGCUAACUGAUGAAACAUUCGAGCAUUUAACACAAGCCAGCAGUGGCGCAACUACCGGAGACUGGUUCGUAAUGUUCUACAGUGACAGUUGCGUCGAAUGUCAAAGAUUAGGGGCAAGAUGGGAAGCAGUUGGCGCUAAAAUAAAACGUCGGAUAAAUACAGCGCGAGUUAAUAAACAUACUACUGGUGCAGCAACUGCAAGACGAUUUAGUGUCUUUGAAGUUCCGCAAUUAAUACUAUUCCGUCAGGGAAAAAUGUACAGAUACCAAGUCCCAAAAUAUGAUGUCAAUGCGAUGGUGUCUUUUGCUGAGAAUUGGUACAAAAAUGCCCAAGGUGAAAAAGUACCAGUACCUCAGAGUCCAUUCGAUGAUUUAACUUUAAUGAUUGCUGAUACUCUGAGAGAAAACCCAUGGAUAAUGAAAUUAGGGAGUAUGAUAAUUUGCAUAAUGGUUAUCGUCUCAGUAGCCUCGAAAUUGCGAAAUAAAAAUGAAGUUGCGGAUAAAAAAAAGGAUAAAUAAUUUUUUUUUUUUUUU